AUGGCGACCGACAUCCCUCCCGAGGCCAUCGGCUUCUUGUCUGCAGCUGGGGUCUUUCUUGUUCUUCUGGUUGUCCUCUUUCUCUUCAUCAACAAGAAGCUGAGUUUCGAGACCGCAGGAGGCCUUCCAUGUCUGGAGCAACUCGGGAAGAGAAAGUACUCUAAAGACAAGACUGGAAUCUGCGAAGGGCCAGUUAACAGCUUCGGAGAUGAUGAGGAGCUGUCCACAUCUUCUGACAGUGAUGAGGAGGUGAUCAAACAAUUUGAGAUUUCCGUGUCCCGGUCCCAGACUUUCUGCUCGGGAGCAUCUGAGAAAGGAAAGCAGACAGGAUUGGAGCAUAAACCCAAGCCCAGUCACCGUCUCUCCACCCACAAAGAAGACAGCACAGAAGUGUCCACCUGCAAAGGUUUGGAUGGAGCUGGCCAACUGACUUAUUCUGAGAAUCUGUCUUAUGGUGAAGACGAUCCCAUCUCUGCCCAUUCACAGUCCCCUUGUGAGCUGGGGAACACCAGGCACCAUGGUGGAUCUCCUGGAGAAACCAGCGUGGUCCACAGCCUCAGUCGGCAGUCCACAGAGGGCAGCCUGGAGAUGGAGACAGCUUUUAAUAACCGGGGAUUCGAAGAUUCCUAUGCUACUGACAGCUCCUCUGUGUGGAGUCCAGAGGAACAGGAUGGGACCAAUUUUCAGGUGCCACCUGGGGUCCCGGAACCCAUCUCAAAAUGUGGUGACCUGGAUGUCAUCUUUGAAUAUAGAGCUGCCAGCCAGAAGCUCACAGUGACUAUUGUCAGAGCGCAGGGCCUCCCGGAUAAGGACCGAAGUGGAGUCAACUCCUGGCAAGUGCAUGUUGUACUGCUGCCCAGUAAGAAACAGAGGGGCAGGACAAGCAUACAGAGAGGGCCCAACCCCAUCUUCAAGGAGAAAGUCACCUUCACCAAGGUGGAGCCCAGAGAUGUGGCUGCCAGUGUGGUCCGCUUCCGCCUAUACGCUGCCCGCAAGAUGACCCGGGAGAGAAUGAUGGGCGAGAGGCUCUUCUAUCUCAGCCACCUGCACCAAGAUGGGGAAAUGAAAGUGACUCUUGUUCUGGAGCCAAGAAGUAAUAUCAGUAGUGGAGAGUCUCCGCUCGGCCCAUCUGCAGUGUCUCACAGUGAUAGCGCUUCAUCCACGCAGUCGCUGUCGCAUGGAGGGGCGCCAGAACUGUUGGUGGGGCUGUCAUACAAUGCCACAACAGGGCGAUUAUCCGUGGAGAUGAUCAAAGGCAGCCAUUUCCGAAACCUCGCUGUGAACAGAGCACCUGAUACAUACGGAAAGCUCUUUCUCUUCAAUUCUGUGGGUCAAGAGAUGUCUCGCUGCAAGACGUCGAUCCGACGUGGUCAGCCCAAUCCCAUCUAUAAGGAGACCUUUGUUUUCCAGGUGGCGCUCUUUCAGCUGUCUGAUGUCACACUGAUGAUUUCUGUGUAUAACAGGCGUACCAUGAAGCGUAAAGAGAUGAUUGGUUGGAUUGCUUUGGGUCAAAACAGCAGUGGAGAGGAGGAGCGAGACCACUGGGGGGAAAUGAAGGAGAACAAAGGGCAGCAGGUCUGCAGGUGGCACACACUGCUUGAAUCCUAG